CAUAAUAUAAUAAUAAAAUUUAAUAAAAAUGAUCCAUCCAUAGAGGAAACAAAUAUACAGCAUUUACCCUUCAAUCUUUUAUAUAAUGGUUUUGCAAGAGUUUCCAACUAUUUAAAAGUUAGUGAAAAGCAAAGCUCUAUUGGUAAUAAAACUCAUUUAUAUUCAGCAUUUAGAGGUGUUAAAUUAGUUGGUGAAAAAUUAGAAGUACCAGAAGGUUUUCAAGGUUAUAUUUUUAGAGAUGAAAAUCAAGAUUCAAUAGAAGACAAUGAUCAUGUUGAUAAUAAAGAGCACGAUUCAGCACCUGUAAAUAAGCAAUGGGAAGCCAUUUCGAAAUUUAAUGAUUUGACAUAUUGGAAUAGAGAAACUAUACCAUCAGAUUUUGAUAAACCAGUUCAAGCACUAAAAUCAUUAAAUAUUUUAGCAAUGGUAAAUAAAGAAAUUUCAAUCGAAGAUAUUGAAAAUGAAGUUAACUCAAAUAAAGAAAAUAAUAAAGGGAGUUCCAACACAACAACCAAAACAACCAUUCAAUCAACACCAACCAAAACAACCAUUACCACCACCACCACCACCUCCACUUCCACC